AUGGACAAGUCAUUCAACACCGUGCAUUUUGAUGGAACUUUCCUGAGAAUGAGUUUAUUGGAUGCAACUCAUCAUAAUUUCAGCUAUGUUUGGGUGUGGCUUGUCGCUCAUACAUUAGCAUGUUCUAAACUACAGAUUCUGAAUACAUUUCAUACGUUUUCUAGGCUUCCCUAUAUGCAAGUUUUAAUUGCCUUUCUAAGCUGCCUUUUUAGAAAGAAAAAAAGUAGUGUUUUCUUUUUAGUUUCCACUUGGUACUGAUUUUAUAUAUCUGGUUUAAAUGCUUAACAUAGUUUGGUCGGUGUGGGUUUUUUUUAACCACAGGCACCAUCUUCUAUUGAAGUUGGGACAGCCUCCUCCCACCUCUGCCACCCAGAAGACCACUCCAGAUUAACUCUAGAUUUUUGCCAGGCUGAAGGAAACAUCUCUGACCUCCUAGGACAAGUGAAGAAGAUAACAUGUAAUGAGCCCUGAAGCUGGAUCAAACCAAAGGCCCAUGUUGUCCAGCAUCCUUUUUCCUGCAGUGGUCAACUAGAUGCAGUGGUCAACAUAGGGACCAUAGCUCUUUCUCACUAUUGUUCUCUUCCGAGUGGCAUUGGCGCUCUCGGGUCCCAAUUGUGAGUUCUCCAUUGAGGCAUCUGGUUCUGCACUGUGAAUACAAGAUGCUGAAUUAGAUGGGCCUUUGACCUCAUCCAGCAGGGCUUUUCUGAUGUGCUCAAGGCAUUCAAGGACACUGAUUUCAUCUGAUACCGGAGAUGUCUCAGAAGGUGUAUGCAGAAAGCUUUGAUCAUGUCCUCGAGUUCCCUACACUGAUGAAAGAGCUUUGAUGAUCUCCAUCUCCUCCCUCUGGGUGUUUCUGAUUUAAAACGGCAGAUAAACUAGAGCAAUUUGACUUGAGGUCAGCAAAAUUAAAAGGAAGGGAGAGGGGAACAAACUGGUGUCAAGACUAUUUGUGUUGCAUUAUUGCAACCACUUAAUUUUGUCACUUCCCUCUUUUGUGCUUAGUAAAGUAUUUUGCACAUGAAAUUGUUGACAACUAAAUAAAAUGUUUUCUGGAAAGAGGCGGUCUCUUGGUCACAGGAGUGGUUGACAGAACUGUAUAAAAACGGAAAAUUCUCCCAGUUCCUCCAACAGCUUCAUCUGACUCUCUUGUCUUCGUUCCAUCUUCUCAAAGAAGCAGGUAAGUUCAUUUUCUUGGGGGAAUGUUUCUGAAUUUAUCAAAAAAUUCACAUCAAAUUAAGACUAGAUGGAUUUUCCAGCUUCACACUUUGUAAGUGCAUUUAAUAUGAUAUUGCUAGAAGAAACUCUAAUUAAGCAUUUUUAAAGACAGCUGGAAGGUUCCACCAGCUUUCCAUCUUCUUCCUUCCUUCUUAAAUGAUAUUUAGACAAAUAUACACACUUCUGUGUUUUACAGCACAAAACUGCGUUUAACUCAGAAGUAAACCCGAAUGUGUUGUGCUUACUCUCUGGUAAAAAUAUAAAGGAUGGUUGUCUUUUUCAAACUCAUCCCCAACUUGCUGGACAAUGGUAUACUGUGGUCCAGUAUGUUCAAGAUACAUGUUGAUAGCAUUGUUGAUAAAACAUGCCUUUUCUUAAAAGAACCUUACUGGGUUAUCUCAUCAUUUUCUUAUAUUUCAGAACAUCAGUACUGGGGGUAGCCAGCAUAGCACCUUCUAGAUGUUGUGGGUUAAAAUGCCAAGAAAGGGGGUCAUUCCUUAGUGAUACAGCCCAUGCUUUGCAUGCACAAGGUCCCAGGAUCAGUCCCCUACAACUCUAGGUGGGGCCAGUAAUGUCCCCUGUCUGGAACCCAGGAGAGUCAUUGGCAAUCAGUGUAGAUCAUGGGUAGGCAAACUAAGGCCCAGGGGCUGGAUCCGGCCCAAUCACCGUCUAAAUCCAGCCCACGGAUGGUCCAGAAUCAGCAUGUUUUUUACAUGAGUAGAAUGUGUCCUUUUAUUUAAAAUGCAUCUCUGGGUUAUUUGUGGAGCAUAGGAAUUCAUUUAUUUAUUUUUUCAAAAUAUAGUCCAGUCCCCCACAAGGUCUGAGGGACAGUGGACUGGCCCCCUGCUGAAAAAGCUUGCUGACCCCUGGUGUAGACAAUAUUGACAACAAAGCCCACAUUUAGUAUAUGGCAGCUAAUCUUGUUCUCAUCACCUUGAACUGUUGUUCAGGCUAGAUGAGUCUCAUGGGCAUUGAAGUCCACGAUAUUAGGGCAGGCAUCACUUUGAUUCCCCUUGAUCUGCACCAUAUCUGAAACUUUUUCAUUCUUUGCCUUUCGUGGUCCAUUUUCAACUCCGUUCUGCAAUUUUAUGUUGUGUUUUCUUUUGGAUAUAAUUUUUAAUUCCAUUUUCUGUUUCACAAUUUCAGAUAAAGAUUUUACGUACUUAAAAUAUCAGUGACUUUCUGUCAGGGACUGGACUGAGAAGGAAUGGUGGAGACCACCCCCUUUCCUCCUGAAACUUCCAGAGAAGAGGGAGAAAGCAUAGAAUUACAACAGUGGUUUGUGGGAGGUCAUAGCUCAGAGGCUUCAGAGGGGAGAAGCUGGGAAAUAUUGGGAGAGGAGCAGGAACAAGGAGUAGCAUGAAGGGAGAGACAGCUGACAGACUGAGUGUCUUUAGAAUGCAUCCCAGACCCUUCCCUCUCCCAGAACCAGGCAGGCAUUGAAGGUAGAAGAGCAGAGAGCUCAGAGGCAGAAGGCAUAGAGAAGCCACCAUAGGGAAGACGGAGGGGGUGGGGUUUUCACUCGGAGCAACGUCCUUACUCUAAGAAGCAACAUUUGUAAGCCUCUCUCUGUGAACAUUGAAUAAAAUACCUUGGUAAGAACCCCCAUUGUUCAGCCCCCCACUGAGGUCCAGCGCCGAGGGCCUUCUGGCGGUUCCCUCAUUGCGAGAAGUGAGGCUACAGGGAACCAGACAGAGGGCCUUCUCGGUAGUGGCACCCGCCCUGCAGAACGCCCUCCCUUCAGAUGUGAAGGAACUAAGUAGCUAUCCUAUCUUUAAAAGACAUCUGAAGGCAGCCCAGUUUAGGGAAGUUUUUAAUAUUUAAUGCUGUAUUGUUUUUAACACUUGAUUGGGAGCCACCCAGAGUGGCUGGGGAAACUCAGCCAGAUGGGCAGGGUAUAAAUAAAUUAUUAUUAUUAUUAUUAUUAUUAUUAUUAUUAUUAUUGGCAGCCUGCCACAAGGGAGAGGGAUCAGAUUCCCUGAAGCCUGACACUUCACUUCUUCUCUUUCCAUGGUUCAUUUUGCAUAUCUUGUAUCCCUGCAUAUUUUACAAAAACUAUACCAAUCGGUUUUCCAUUAUUACAUCCAUCAAAAAUUAUUUGCACUGUUGAAUUUAUCUUCAUGCUGCCAGAGUUUUCAGCUGUACACAUGCAAUUUUAUUUUUUAGAUUCAUCUUCAGCCAUGGCUCACUGUGGCCCAUCCUGUGCCGUCCCAUCCUGUGCUUCCACCCCCACCGUUGGAUUUGGAUCUGCAGCUCUUGGUAGACGUGGAGGUCUUGGCUACGGAUUGGGAGGUCUCAGCUACGGCAAUGGAGGUCUCGGCUACAGCUAUGGAGGUCUCGGCUACGGCUAUGGAGGUGCUGAGAGAGCAGCCAAUCUCGGUGUCCUGGACGGAGUCAUCCCUUCAUGUGUUAACCAGAUCCCACCAGCAGAGGUCGUCAUCCAGCCACCUCCCAGUGUCCUGACCAUCCCAGGGCCCAUCCUCUCUGCCAGCUGUGAGCCUCUGUCUGUUGGAGGCAACACUCCAUGUGCUGUUAGUGGUUCUGGAAUCGUAGGGGGUUAUGGCUAUGGUGGGUGGGGCUAUGGGUCUGGCCUCCUUGGAAGCUCUGGGGGCUGGGGCUAUGGUUUGGGCUAUGGGAGGGGAGCACUCCUUGGAAGGAAGGUCGGGCGUCGUGGUAGCAUCUGUUCUUAGGCCAAUUAAACCUAAGAAGCAUAUCCUGAACUGAUAUCCAGGGAACUUGAUACCGAUCCAUUCGCCAAGGUUUAGAAGACCUGCAUCCAAGCAAACCGCUGCUGAAGUUGAACCCUCUUAAUUCCCCCCUCUGUAUUAUGAAGUCGAGAAGACCAAGAACCUUCUACAAUAUGCACCUUUUUUGCCUAUUGUACAACUAUCCUUUCUUUUUCUUUGACCUUUUCAAUAAAGCUUGUUCUGCAUUCUGA